GGUGACCACGCCCACCUUCAAAAGAACAAGACGGGGAAACCGAGCACUAAAUUAAGCUAGUUAGUUUGCAAAUUAGCUUCCUCCUCCGGCUUUUCGGCGUUUUUAGUCCCAAGCUAAACAUCGUUAACCCCCGCCCCCCGUUACCCUUACCCACCUCGCAUCCCCCGGCCCGGCCCCGUUGUUUGUGUGUUUGUUUUUUUAUUAUUAUUAUUUAAAUGGCGUCCAACGGUUACCGCCAUCCCGACGAGGACAGCUCAGACGACGAGGACGAAACACCAACGAAGAAGCCGCUGCGCCUUGACAAAGACGCUCCCGGCUCGAGCUGUGUCCUCCGGAGCGAAACCGACAAGGCGGGCCUCGCCCCCGACGCGACGCCGAGGCUUCGCAGCGACUCCGUGAAGAAGAGCAGGCCUCCCUUCCCGUGGUUCGGCAUGGACAUCGGUGGCACGCUGGUGAAGCUGGUGUACUUUGAGCCCCGCGACAUCACGGCGGAGGAGGAGCAAGAGGAGGUGGAGAACCUGAAGAGCAUCCGCCGCUACCUGACGUCCAACACUGCCUACGGUGCCGCCGGCGUGCGGGACGUGCACCUGGAGCUGCGCGACCUGACACUGUGCGGCCGCACGGGCAGCCUGCACUUUAUCCGCUUCCCCACGCACGACCUGCCCGCCUUCCUGCAGAUGGGACGCCAAAAGCACUUCUCCAGCCUGCACACCGGCCUCUGCGCCACCGGCGGCGGCGCCUACAAAUUCGAGGCCGAUUUUCGCACGAUGGCGGACCUGCAGCUUCACAAACUGGACGAGUUGGACUGCCUGAUCCGCGGCGUGCUGUACCUGGACGCCGCCGUUUCGGCCGGCCCGUCCGAGUGCGAGUGUUACUACUUUGAGAACCCCGCCGAACCCGAUCGCUGCGUCCGGCGGCCCUAUGCGCUGGAGAACCCCUACCCGCUGCUGCUGGUCAACAUCGGCUCCGGCGUCAGCAUCCUCGCCGUUUACUCGCACGACCGCUACAAGCGCGUCACCGGGACCAGCCUGGGCGGGGGUACCUUCCUGGGCCUGUGCUGCCUGCUGACGGGCUGCUCCACCUUCGAGGAGGCUCUGGAGAUGGCCUCGCGGGGGGAGAGCACCCGUGCAGACAAACUGGUGCGAGACAUCUACGGCGGCGACUACGAGCGCUUCGGCCUACCCGGUUGGGCCGUGGCCUCCAGUUUCGGCAACAUGGUGUCCAAGGAAAAGCGCGAGGCGGUGUCCAAGGAAGACCUGGCCCGGGCAACGCUGGUCACCAUCACCAACAACAUCGGCUCCAUCACGCGCAUGUGUGCGCUAAACGAGAACAUUGAACGUGUGGUCUUCGUGGGCAACUUCCUACGUGUCAACACCUUAUCCAUGAAGCUUCUGGCCUAUGCCAUGGACUACUGGUCCAAAGGCCAACUCAAGGCGCUUUUCCUUCGCCACGAGGGUUACUUUGGAGCCGUGGGGGCGCUGCUAGAGCUUCUCAACCCCUCCUGACGAACCUAUUAGAGGAAAAGCGGCACUUUGGAAAUCUACUCAGGUGCAGAAGGUAGACCGUCCGCUGUCCAGCCGGUAACAAAAUGCGCGUUUGACGCAGAGACCAGACUCGAGCGGAAAAUGUGUGCUUUCCCUUUGCUUCCUUUGGGGUUCUUGAGAAGCACUGGCCACCAGGACUGCAACUUUAAGGACCAAUUUUUCUGUCCUACGUGGGAAAAAGAUUUUUUUUUUUAAUUGAAGAGAUUUUCUAUGUCACCCAAGUGUCAUCUUUGUACAAUAAACAACUUUAGGUGAA